AUGGAGGGAGACUCAUCUAAUGGAUCUGCAGGUCCUACGGCCGCGCCCUCGCAGGUGCCUGACCCGACGCAAGCUACUCAGCAAACGGCAUCCCUUGACCAAAUCCAGACCAUGUUGGAAGCAAAAGACGACACGUCGAGAUUUGUGGGCUUGGCUCUCCUCAAGAGCGUCCUGGACAACUCUGAAGAAAUCCGGAACGAUGCCGAGACUGUCUCGAACCUAUGGGCAUCAAUCUCCCCAAAAUUCCUCGACCGGCUAGUGAAGACGGGUUCGUCCGCCCAGUCCGCCCAAGCAGAUGCCAGAAAUAUGUUGGACCUCGCCGUCUCAGUCAUCCACACCUUCACGUCACUGCUGCCAGACCAGGCCAAGAGAGACAAGCGGCUUGUCGGGAGGCUGCCCCUGCUGGUGUCUGCCUUGCUACAGAGCUCCGGCGAGACGUCUCAAUUGAUUGUACAGACGAUUCUCACUCUGGUUGUCUACCCCGAAGGCGCCAAAGUGUUUGUCGACAUAGAAGAUGUCAGCUCCUUGGUUGAAAUUGCACCAGAUAACCCAUCUGCUCUCGAGAUAUUUUCCUUCGCGUACAUCAACUGCAUGGACCUUGCCGAGGACAGGACAAUCCUACAAGCGAAAAUCGACAGUACCAUUCGAGCUUUAGUCUCAACCUUCACUGGCACAGAUGGAGUUACUUUGCUCGAAUUUCUCGGCAAAUUCCUCCGAAAUUCCGACCCCAAGGCACUUCCAUCGAAUCCUAAGUGGAUCAAGCCUGUCAUCGACUUCAUCAGGAGGCUGCUGACGAGCAGACCCGCACCUGAGGCCAGGAAUGCAUACACCAUUGCGGCUGCCUCACUGCUUGAGGUGUAUCACACCGAAGCCGCCAAGCUACUUUUCACAAGCGACGUGAAGGAAGACAAGCCGUUCUCCUACCUAUUAAUCACACUCCUACUCACCGAUACAAGAGUAACAUUGCCGCGGCUUCUGGAGCUCCUCAACGACCCCACAUACCCGUCCGUCGCCCAGCGCAUAGGCUCGGCCUUUGAUGUUGCAACACACUUCGUCGGGUAUCUCGUGAGAAGCUUAGAUGAUGAGCAAUCGUCGCCAGGCAACUUGAUCAUGCCACCGGACUUCUUGCUGAAGAUUCGGAGGACCAUCUCAGAGGCCAUGUCCAUAGCCAUCGAGUUCCUCCGAGACAGGUGGGAUGCCUCUGUAGCGGGUGCUCUGGGCUUGCACCCCGAUGCUCGCACAAAGGAGACAGAUACGUCUGCAGGGAAGAGACUGACCAUCUCUUGGGAGUCCAAGAAGGACAACAUCCAUGAAGACCCUCUCAUCCUAGCAGUCGUCCGUGCUUUGGCCCUUUGGCUCCGCGAAGACGACAACGAGCUUCUGAGGAAAGAGGCUGCGGGUCUUGUUGACAUGUUGAUUGACUUGUACAAAUUAAGCUCACCAGCCAAGCUCGAUUUCCGGUCGCCUAUCCUGGUCGGCUUGGAGGGUAUUCUUGUCGAGAAGGCAGGGCUGGAGGAGUUUUCCACCCACAACGGCUGGCAGGCCCUCACACAGGACUUGAUAUCCAUCCUGCAGCACACGUCCCGGGUGAACGACGAAGUUGAGGCGGCGCGCGGGAUCGAGAUCGUGCGUGUCUUGUUACCAAUCGUCGAGGGAGAGGACGGCGGUGCGAGAGAAGACUGGAUGGCGUUCGUCACCGCCGUCGCCGCCUGGGACGUCCCGGAGGCCGAGCAGCCGCUUCUUGUCCAAGAAGCUCAGAUUGCCGCUCUUCAAUUGGCGACUGCCUUGAUCGUCAGCGCUCAUGAGGGUAUGAGGAGGCGCUAUGUGCACUCCACGAGCGCGAUUCUCGGGAUAGCCGCGCGGUUGCAGAAGCACGUGGGCGUUGGCCAUCCCCUGAAGGACUCGUUGGACGACGUGCUGGAGACUCUGGGUAGACUUCGAUAG